UUUAUUUCAGAAUGAAAUCUCGAAUAUUUCUGUUCUUUUACUUCCCAAACUUUAUUCGGGUUUAAAACGAAUGCUGUGAUGACUAAUCCUAAAGAGUGUUUGUUUUUAGUUCAUUCCAUGUACUUUUAGAUGCUUAAAUUAUGAAAUUGAAGAGUAUAAUGAGAACAAAAUAUGAAGUGGUCAUUGAAGAAACUGGGGCCAAAUGGAUAAUAUUCAACCCUAAAGGCGUAGGAAUGUACAAAACAGUUUUGGAGAAGAACAUGUGGGAGAAAUUAGCUGCAAAUUUUCAGGAAUUUGAUGAAGCAGUCUCAGAAACUCUCAUCGAAGACGCUUAUUACUCAUAUCGGUUCAACAUGAUUUCCUGCGAUGUUUUAUUUCAACUAAUGCAGAACGUAAACUUAAAAGCCAUCGGAAAGUGGCUACUAUUUUUUCCAUUUUAUGAUCACCUUAAAGAAAACUUGAGUUGUCAUCAAUAUGCAGUUGAAACUGAAAUGCUUCUGAAGUUCAUGCGGAAGAGGUUUGAUGAGACACACUACAGAAAAAAUGAAACACUAAACUAUACAACAAAUUGUAAGGAAGGUGACAUUAUGAAAGAAAAAGAUUAUUUGUAUAAUCUGAAUAAGUGUGCGACAUGGAUACGGGAAAAUUUACAAACAAUUUCCACAAAUGUGACCGUGAAACCAUAGAAUUCGAUAAUUUGUAAAAUAGAAAGAAAAAAGUAUUUAUUUGAGUUCAAUUCAAAAGUACAUCGCCAAUUCAUGGAAAGAA